AUUCGAUUCCCAGCAGAUUUGGGGAAGCUGGGUUGGAGAUGGCAGGUACGUGCUCGUGACGGGGAUCUGAUCCAACAUCUGAUACCGGAUUGUACCCACGAUCAGCACAACCUCAGUAGACCCCAAUCACAAAAGGCCAACUUCUCAACUUUUGAGUCGACAUCCUCGACGUGAAUAGUCACCGAAAUGUCAGCAAAAUUGAAGAACAAGGUGUGCGUUGUGACUGGCGGCGGGCAUGGAUUUGGUGAGGCAAUGGCGAAACGUUUCGCCGAAGAAGGAGCCCGCGUUGUAAUUGCAGAUAUCAACCCCAAAACCGGCUCCAAAGUCGAGAGCGAGAUCAAUGCAGCCCACGGCCAGAAAACAGCGCUUUUCCAGGAGACAAAUGUCACCAGCCAGGCCUCGUGGGAGAAGUUGCUCGAGGCCACGUUGAAGGAGUUUGGUAGAGUCGACGUUGUGGUGAACAACGCGGGGACGACUUAUCCCAAGAAGGCAUCACAUACAGUGACGGAGGCAGAGUUUGACAAAGUCAUCAACGUCAACAUGAAAUCGAUCUUCCUCAGCGUGGCCGUGGUUGUCCCAUACUUUAUGGAGCAGAAGGCUGGAAUGAUCCUGAACAUCAGCUCUGUGGGCGGAAUUCGAGUGAAGAACGGACUGGUGUGGUAUGGUGGGACAAAGGCUUUCGUCAACAAGAUCACCGAAGGCCUUGCGUCCGAAUAUGGCCAUUCUGGAAUUCGAGUCAACGCCAUUUGUCCGAUACUUGCGUACACCGACUUAGCGCAAGCCUUCAUGGGCGUCGAUGAUACACCAGAGAAUCGUGCAAAAUUUGAGGCAUCAUUUCCUCGAGGAGAAGCUCUGAAACACAACACUUCACUAGGAUAUGUUGCUAAUGCAGCUGUUUAUCUUUGCUCUGAUGAUGCAGCCUUCGUCAGUGGUAUAUGCAUGCCUGUAGAUGGGGCAGCCACUGUAUAUGCGGCUGGAGUGGGCAAAUGAUCCUAUUGACAGAGAAGCCGGAGGAUGACAGCCGAAGUGAGGUGACAGUCGGAAGUUGGCUUUCAGUAGCCACUUUCCAGCAAUUGACCAGAAC